CUUACAAAAAAUAUUAGGCAAAAUUAUAUAAAAUACCGAUUUCAAUGUUGCAUGUAAAAAUUGAUAAACAUAUUCAACUAAUUGCGACGUCAAUUUACAUGAACAUUUUUCACACACAUCAAUUGCAUCCUAAUUUGAUAAUUUAAAGACUCUCCAAACGUUUUUUCAAAGUUGAAAAGUUUCAUAAGUGUAAGUGAGGGAAGACAAAUGUCUUGUAUGGACGAAUAUGGUUAUCCAAUGAUUCUUAGAGCUGCACUCCCAUUUUAAACACUUUCAUAAAUUCUAAAACAAAGACAUCGAAGAUGCCGGCAGUGAUUCUUCCAUUUGUCUGAAUUUUCGCUUCUAACAAAGUGUCCUCGUAUUUGUUCUUAAAAGCAUCAUCACACAUCCUCUUCAACUCCAAACCAGUCUCCAUUACCAUUCAUUCCAUAUCCAAGGAACAAGUUUCAAUAAAAAAAGCAGAAACUCCACCAUGAACAAUGGCAAUGGCAGCAAAAACAGAUGGAUGAUGGGUCUUCAUUCAAAGGGUCGAAAGGAAAGAGACAAUGAAGAUCUCCAUCUGUUCCGAGAGCUUUAUAAGCGCGACAAGGAACGUACUGCCUGCUUCCUUCUUCCCGUCGAUGACCUUGAACACAACCAUGGUGGGAACUCUCCAUUCUACAGAAUUCAUUCAAUCAAGAAAGAAUCUGGAUUUGGACACCUUUUCGAAGGCAACAAAAACGACUACGAUUGGCUUAAAACACCACCAGCAACUCCUUUAUUUCCAUCUUUGGAAAUGGAAGCCACUGCUCCUUCACAUAAGAAUGCUCAGAAAGAGACGCCACUUGUCCAGCCUCUCUCACAACCACAGUCACAGGCUUCAAGCAAUUCAGAAUCAACAAAGAAAAGCAGUGGAAUUGAGAAAUCUCCAAUCACAAAAGCAAAAAUACCAUCCAGAUCCAUCACUCCCAGUAAUAGACCACGUAUCAAUUCAUCAAUUGAUCCCAAAAACACCAAAAGAACCACAAACCCAUCUCCAAACCCAAACCAUAGAAUCGAUCAGACAUCACAAAUAGACCUCACAGUCAAAAGAAACAACAACAUAAAACCCACAAAUCUUAAAGAAAGUUACACAGAUUAUCUAACAUCAAACCUCUUGAAAGGAUCAACAAACAGUGUAAAGCCAAACCAAAACCAAAACCCAAAUCCAAGAAGUAGACCGACAUCCCCAAUUGUGAGAUCGACAAUAGCAUCUCAAAUUCCAGAGUUCUCAAACGAAACACCUCCAAAUUUAAGGACCGACCGAUCGAGCUCGGUGACGAGAGGUCGACAACCAGAAAACGUGGAGAAAUCAGAGGCGAACCCGAGAAGGCAAUCGUGCUCGCCGAGCGUGACGAGGGGACGGAAAGUGGAGGUUGCGAAACAGGAGAAGAACAGAGGAGGAAACUUGAGCAAUAAUGAUCAGAGAAGAACUGAAACGACGAACAUUCUUGGAAGUAGAAUGGUUGAGAGAGUGAUGAACGCGCGAAAAGCAAUUGGAAAUGAGGAGAGAGAUGUCAAGCCGUCGAGACGAAGAGGAAUCGGAGAAUUCAGGCAAACGGUACGCAAUUCUUUGUUUCCAUAGUCUUCCAUGAAUGACCCACAAAAUCAAAUUUGAAAAUAAAGAUUUAUAACAUUAAGCUUACAAUCACUUCCCCCUGCUCCCUCCUCUUUCUUCCCAAUGCUCCACCUCUUCACCAUUUUUGAAAAAAAAAAAAACUUCCUUUCCAGUUUCCACCAUUGAAUUACGCUUACUUAAAUUUAAACUCU